AUCGAGAGGAAACGUGCGAUAUCCCCAUUCACACCGAAUAAACAAAAAAAUCAUACCCCUCCGGCUGUAUGCUCCGGGGCGUGUGAUGUUCAAGUAUAUAUAAUGUGAAGGUUGAUCUGGCAAGUCCUCGUUUUGACCUUACUCGUCACCCCUCCUCCCUCAUCACCACCAAUCUUCACCAACCGGCAAACAUAGAGAGGAAAGCGACGACUACAAGUAUGCGGUCCACUUACCUCGCCCUCGCUUCUCUGGCUUCCAUAGCCACACCUGUUCUGGGUCAGACUUUUCAGCGAUUAGGAGGAUGCCCGACGCUCGGAUGUGUGUUCCCACCCGACCAGGCGGAGUUUUUGGCUGGAGCCAAGUUUGAUAUCAGGCUCGAGGUCCACGCACCCGUCAACGGCUCUGAAGCUUUCAACAACGGUGUCCCCGACGAAAACUUCUCCCUCCAGAUCUCCAACAACAAGGGCUAUUCGGCCUCUAUCACCGAUUUCUUCCAGACUCCGGAUACUACCGUCGAGAAGUGGAACUUUACUUGGUACGAAGACCUCUUUGCACUAGACGCCAAGACCCCUACGGAAGUCAACGUCGCGAGUAAAGCGUACCGAUCGUUGUCCUUGUCGGAGCCGGGCGAGUAUACGGCAACGUUGAAGUAUUAUGAUGGACAAGAGACGGUCGCUAGGUGGACGGUUAGGGAACCUUGUGAGAAGCCUUUGGUCAAGAAUGUGAUCUUGUUCAUCGGGGAUGGCAUGCCCCAGUCGGCGAUUACGGCGGCGAGGUUGCUCGCUCACAAGCAGAUCAACGGAAAGUACCAGUCCACCAUGCAAUUGGACAAGAUGGACGGGGUAGGUUUGCAGAUGACCCAUUCUAUGGAUACCUUCAUCACCGACUCUGCCAACUCGGCUACUGCCAUCAUGACCGGCCACAAGUCUACGGUUAAUGCCCUCGGGGUUUACAGGGAUUCUUCUCCCAACCCUUUUGAUGACCCCAAGGUGGAGACUAUCGCUGAGCUCUUCCACAGGCAGCGAGGUGGAAAGGUUGGGAUCGUCUCGACUGCUUUCUUGGCGGACGCUACUCCUGCCUCGUUGGUUGCCCACACCCGUGACCGAGGUCAAUACGCCCCGAUCACCGAGAUGUACCUCAACGGAGUCACCUCGAACUACUCUGACUGGACUUCGUGGUCCGGCCCCGACGUCCUCCUCGGAGGUGGUGCCGAGCAGUGGAUCGCCGGAUCGGGAUCUCCAGGCAAGAAGGACUAUUACGAGGUCUUCAGGCAGGCGGGGUACCAGGUCGUCAACGACAAGGAUCAGUUGGCUUCCGCGGAUGCUAGUCAGAGGACUUUGGGAGUGUUCAGUCAGUCGAACAUGGCCAAGUGGAUCGACCGAGAGAUCUUCCCUCAGAACCUUCCUAACAUCACCAAGAGCCCCACUGGUAAUGGUACCGCUGUCAACCAACCCGGACUCGCCGAGAUGACCUUGAAGGCCAUCGACGUCUUGCACUCCCGAUCGGGCGACAAGGGAUUCUUCCUGAUGAGCGAGGCCGCCUCGAUCGACAAGAUGUUCCACGCCAUGGACUAUGACCGAGCUUUGGGAGAACUCUUGGAGCUGGACGAUACGGUUAGACAGACGAUCGCUCAUCUGGAAACGAUUGGCGAGCUGGACGAGACGUUGAUCGUCGUCACCGCCGAUCACGCACACGGGUUCGACGUCUUUGGGUCGAGUGAUUCCAAGUACAUGACCGCCAAGGACGAUGAUAGGGUCAAGAGGAGCGCUAUCGGAAUUUACGAAUCUUCGGGGCACUCCGAGUACCAGGUCGCCAAGGGUUCUCGACCUGACAACGAGACCAUCGUCUACGGUGACCAGGGCCCCAACUUCCCCGUCCAGUGGGACCCCCGAUACACCAUCGCCGCCGGUUUCGGAGCCCACCCUGACGUCCAAGAAUCCUACUCGAUCGCCAAGAACGGUCCUCGUCUCCCCGCCAUCACCCAGAACGGGACCGCCUACGCCAACCCGGCUGACAAGCCCGAUGGGUACUUGACCAACGGGACCAUCCCUGCCGACCAGACUCAGGGGAUCCAUUCGUUGCAGGACGUUCCUAUCUUUACCAAGGGCAAGCCUGAAGCUGUCGCCGUCUUCCGAGGGGUGAUGGAGAAUACCGACAUCUUCUUCCACAUGGCCAAGGUUUUGGGUUUGGGAUCUACCGAUCGGGAUCAGAACAAGGGUAACGGGAAGGGCAAGGACAACAAGGCUUAGAGGUGGUUUAGCGAAUCGCGAGGAGAAAGAUUUUAAAUAGAUAAAGAUAGAAGAUGCUUUACAUAAUCCGCUUACCGGUACAAUAAUGAUUGUACGAAACGAAAAAGAACUCGAUUUCCUGGGAACAUGAGAAGGUCGAGAUCCGGAUGAUCACAGUAUGCUCAGCGAGAUCGUUCCCGACUCAUAUGAGUUCUGAAGCAUUUGACCCGUGUUCAGCUCCUGGAUAUCUGAGUGCAUCGUACAGAGGAAAGAGCAGUUCCUGCGCGUCGAAACGGCAGAUCGAUCCCCAAUUUCAUGCCCAUCGUAGCCAUCUCCGUGGAUCUUUUUCGAGGUUCUAGA